AUGGAGUCCGCUCGCUCCGAGUAUCAAGAGCUGCUUCGCUCUGCCAUUGCUGGACUACAGUUGGAGCCAUCGCCCACACAUGUUCUCCCCAAUCAAAAGGCCGUUGAGCAUGCACGGAAGACGCUCGCGAAUCAGCUCAGAGAAGAUGGGCUUGGUCUUUCCGAAACUAUCAGACACCUUCAGGAAGACCUGAAACCUGCGUUUAAUGCAUCAUCCCGCUCGCCAAAUUAUUAUGGCUUUGUAACUGGUGGAGUUACGCCCGCUGCGAGCAUUGCAGACAAUUUCGUGACUGCAUACGACCAGAAUGUAUCAGUACAUCUUCCAGACGAGAGCAUUGCCACAGAUGUCGAAGAUCAUGCAUUAUCUCUCCUGUGCGAAUUACUCAAUUUCCAGCCGGACCAAUGGCCCCAUCGCAUUUUCACUACUGGGGCAACCGCCAGCAAUGUUGUUGGCCUGGCGUGCGGACGUGAAUACGUGAUUGCAGAGGCGUCAGCUCACCGCACACAUACGGAAAACAGCGUUGGGGAAUAUGGUAUCAUGGAAGCUAUGCACCGCGCUGGAUUGGACAAUAUUCAAAUCUUGACGACGGUACCCCACUCGUCGCUGAGCAAGGCAGCAAGUGUCCUUGGUAUGGGGCGAGCAUCAAUCAAACACGUUGGGAGGGAAGACGCCCCGCAUAGGUUCGACUUCAAGCUGCUCAAGAGUUUGAUGGAGCAGCCAAGCUCUGCCUCUAUAGUCGCCGUCUCUGCUUCUGAAGUUAACACGGGCCUCUUUGCCACAUCCGUCUUGGAAGAGAUGGAGGAGCUAAGAAGAUUGUGCGAUAUGCAUGGAGCUUGGAUCCACGUCGAUGGCGCGUUCGGCAUCUUGGGUCGCCUACUUGACUCUCCACGCUACCAGACCAUUACACAAGCCUGUGCCGGUCUCGAGCUUGCCGACUCCAUAACGGGUGAUGGUCACAAACUACUCAACGUGCCCUAUGAUUGUGGUUUCUUCCUCUCGCGCCAUCGACACAUCGCCGAGCGUGUUUUCCAAAACCCUAACGCUGCGUAUCUAGCCACGUCCAAUGGACCUGACAGCAUCAUGUCACCGCUUAAUGUCGGUCUCGAAAACUCGCGGAGAUUCAGAGCGCUGCCUGUGUAUGCCAGUCUUAUAGCAUAUGGCAAAUCAGGGUAUCGAGAUAUGCUGGAACGCCAAAUCGACCUAUCGAGGGGUAUCGCAAAGUUCAUUCUAGAAAGCGAGACGUAUGAGCUACUCCCAGAGUCAGACAAGUCCAUGGAAGAGCGACUUAGUACCAUAUACAUCAUAGUACUCUUCCGCGCAAAGGACGGCGACUUGAACAAGAAUUUAGUGGAUAAGAUCAAAGCCACGAAGAAGAUAUAUGUAAGUGGUACUGCCUGGGACGGCAAGCCUGCUUGUCGCUUUGCAGUUUCAAACUGGCAGACAGAUGUUACAAGGGAUCUACCUAUUAUUGAAGAGGUGUUGCAAAGUGUAGCCGAGUAA